AUGAAAGGUGCGUGGAGUGAGGAAAACACGAGCGAGUUGGCCAACUUCAGGACCACUUCAAGAUCUGUCAGCCUGGUGAAAGAAGGCGACUUAGGCCUAGUGGCCACCAAGACGAGCGGUGGACAAAGCAACAGAAAGCAGUAUGUGGUCCUUGGCACCUUCUGCAUUCUGAUGGUUCUGCUGUGGAGUUACCAGUGCUUGGCUAACAUUCUUCAGCAACUUGCCAUGGAUCCUGACCAAGUGAAGCUGGCCAACGAGCUCUUGAAAGUUUCAAUUGAGCGAGACAAAUUGAAGGCGGACAACCGAAAACUCGCACAGGAGCGUGACCAAACGAAGGCGGACCAUGAACAGACGAGGCUAGAAAUUCAGCAGUUGGAACAGGCUGCAAAGCUAGCGUCCAUGAAUUGUGAGCAAGUCAAGGCGGAGCACCAAUGCAGGAAAAGCGAGCUCCCGCAAGCGCGCAAGGAGCGUGACCAAGCGCAAUCGGAGCUUGAGCAGAUGAAGGCUCACGCCUUCAACAACCAAAAGGAUUGCCAUUGCGCCAGGACCAAUCAAACUCGUUCCAAAGAAUCAUCUUUGCGUCACGAAAUCGUGCAGCUCAUCCAACGGUCCUUACCGCCCGAACUUCCCAUGCUGGGAUGA